CCUGUUUCCCGGUGUUCUCUCUUUCAUCGUUCCAUCUCCUUCCAUAGCCUCGCCUUCGAAUUACAGAGAGCUCUCAGCAGCUAGCCACUCGGCAAUGGCGGUCUCCUUUCUCUCUUCCGUGCCUUCUUUUCUUCCUCUUCUUCCUCCUCGAACCGCCAUUUCCCCCGCUACUGCACAUCCCUUUCACACUGCUAGAGUUCGUUGUGGUCAGAUCAAAACGGAUGCUAUUGCUAGCAACGAUGAUCGGUUUAGUAGAAGAGAUGUUCUUCAAGGUUUCGGUGGUACGAUUGCCUUGGGAUUACUUGUGAGCUCUGACCAUAUGGUGGAACCGGCUUUUGCUGCUGAUUUAAUACAGCGCAGACAGCGAUCUGAAUUUUUAUCAAAUAUCAAGGGGACCCUUUUUACUGCUAUUAAGAACAAUCCAGACAUCGUUCCCUCCCUUUUAACAUUAGCUCUGAAUGAUGCUGUAACUUACGACAAGGCUACGAAAACUGGAGGGCCAAAUGGAUCCAUUCGCUUCAGUUCAGAGAUCUCUAGACCUGAAAAUGAGAAGUUAUCUGCUGCUCUGAGUUUUUUAGAGGAAGCAAAGAAGGAAAUAGAUUCGUACUCUAAGGGUGGGCCCAUUUCCUACGCAGAUCUUAUCCAACUUGCAGCACAAAGUGCCGUUAAAUCCACUUUUCUAGCUUCUGCCAUCAGAAAAUGUGGUGGGAAUGAAGAAAAGGGACAAUUGUUAUAUUCUGCGUAUGGUUCCAACGGACAGUGGGGCUUGUUUGAGAGGGAAUUUGGAAGAUCAGAUUCUGAAGCGCCUGAUCCUGAGGGAAGGGUUCCCAUCUGGGGGAAAGCUAGCGUUCAGGAAAUGAAAGAAAAGUUCUCUAAUAUUGGAUUUGGUCCCCGACAGCUAGCUGUUCUGUCAGCAUUUCUGGGUCCUGAUCAAACAGCAAUUGAGGAAUUGCUAGCCUCAGAUCCUGAUGUUCUUCCAUGGGUCCAAAAGUAUCAACGUAGCCGUGAAACAGUAUCCCAGACUGAUUAUGAGGUUGAUCUAAUCACCACUCUGACAAAAAUAAGUAGGUUGGGACAACAGAUAAAUUACGAAGGUUAUACCUAUCCAGUUCAGAAAGUUGAUUUGAGCAAACUCAAGCUAUAGCGAGUUUCAAGAGGACAAUUAAACUUGAAGACGGCUACUCUCCCUUUUGUAAUUGGCCAUAGUUUAUACCUUUUGAAACAUUUAAUUUGUUGUAAUCUUCUAAAAUACUUCAUUCUCGUAAGAGAUUUUGGACUUUUCCAAAGAA